AGAAAAUGUAAAAUCAAUUAGAAGAGGAAUAUGUUGGGUGUUAUAUAUGACCUAUUCUUGUGAGGUUCCAUGUGCCUCGUUACAAUAAGGAAAUGAACGUGGAGUUAAAACCAGUGAUGUCAUGUCCUACAAACGCCAGUUCGUGGCUGAGCAAUGGCAUUAAGUUACAGUGUCCCAAUGAUACACUAGGGAGGAACCUGUACCAGUGUGUACCUAAUGAUGACAGAUCUUCACUUGUGGAAUUUUGUCUUCAAGGGAGUAUUGGCAGAUAUGGAGCAAAUUUGUGCCCUUAUGCUGUAUCCACUGGACACCUGGACGCUCUCAACUGCUCAACAUUUCUCAGUGGUUGUCCAGAAGAAUCCUACAAUACAAAUGAAGUGUACAAAUAUCACGCCUGCUUGGAAAUAAAUCCAGAGGAAAAAUGCUAUUUUGCAAAUGAAAACUGUCCAAAUGAUUCAAUGUCCAUUUCACAAAACACUACCUAUGUAUUUCAACCAGAGGAUGAUACUACAGCAGUUAUUGCUGGUGUUGUUUCCACCGUCAUCAUAGCUCUGAUUGUUCUCGUAGUUUUAUAUCUCCUUUACCGCAGACGCCUAAGGAACCGUAGAAAUCGCUGGAACAGUGAUACAUGGGAUGAAGUAGACGAAAGAGCCACUUUGCUUCUUAAAG